UUGUUACCGCCACUACCACUCUAUCGUAGAAUAAUGAAAGGUCAUAAAUUCUUACCAUUAGAAAUGAAGAGUUUAGGAGAUCAAUACGUUCGAGAUGAAUUCAAACGGCAUGCAGGGAUUGAUAAUCCAUUACAGGUUGUAGGAUUUUUAACCCAAUGGAAAGUAUACUUGGACAAUAUCGAAACGCAAACAGGUAGUGCAGAUGGCUUUAGAGGAAAACAAUUGGAUAUGGAACAAUUUGGUAAACUUUCGGAUGAACAAUUGUAUCAAUUACACGAAUUGAUGACUGUUACACGCGAAUUG